GUACGGGAGGCAGCUGACGUCAGACAUGAGCUCCACGUCAUCACUGUCGCGAGAGGAAUGUCGACAAAUCGUCAAGAGGCACCUGCAGAGGGACGACUUCGAGUUGGCAUGGUUUGCAGUGGCUCCCCUUAGCACAGACAUGAAGGGCUUCAUGGGCGAUCACCUGAAGCUGCGCGUAUCUGUCUCGCUAGGCGACAGGGAGAGGGAAGGUGCCAAGACCACCGAACUGCAGUUCUUUGUCAAGUCGGUGCCUCUAGAUGACAUCUACAGGAGGAAUUUAGCAAUGUCCACUACUGGCUAUCAGAAGGAGAUCCUCUUCUACGGUGAUCUCCUUAGGGACGUGCAGAAACACCUGCGCUCUUCGGAGAACGAGGCAGCUGUGUACUUGGGCACCGUUCCUAAGUGCUACUACAUGCGGCCGGAUUUGCUGGUGUUGGAGGACCUGGCACUGGCCGGCUACCACAUGCUGGACCCCAAGAAGCCACUGGACGUUCGGCAGUGCGAGUGCGUGCUGAAGGCGCUGGCGCGGUUCCACGCCACGUCCAUCGUGUUCGAGGAGCGAGAGGGCCGGCGACUGUCUGAUAAGUACCCGCUGCUUGCGGAGGAGUCUCUCUUCUGCAGGAAGCCGGACUCUCAACUUUACAUCGCACACUCCAUCAGCCGCCGCGAUACGCACGAUUUGCUGGACCUCGUACCUCGCUUCGCACCGGGUACGCCACACAACAGAACUUUACACAGUCUCCUCGACACUGCUAUGGAAUCAGUUUAUGAACUCUUGAAACCAAGUGACAAGUAUCGCAAUGUGCUGUGCCAUAGAGACCUGUGGCUAAACAACAUGCUGUUUGCGGAGAACGCCAAGGGGGAGCUGUCGGUGCGGCUUCUGGACUUCCAGACACUUCACCUAGAACCUCCAGCACAUGACGUGGUGACGUUCCUGCACUUGACCACGAUGCGCGACAUGCGGCAAGCUCAUGGCCGGCAGCUGCUGGAAUUGUACCACCAGACACUGGGUGAUGUGCUGUGCCAGCACGACCUCAACAUUGACUCCAUUCUUCCGUUGCAAGUCUUCCUGCAGUCAUGCGAGGAAACCAGGCCGGUGGCCGUCGUCAUCCCCGUCUACGUCUUGCAAGUCACCAUGCUGAGUCUACAAAAGGAUAUCGACCUGGAGCAUUACGUGACGGUGCGGAACGAUUUUGUCAAAGACGCAUACCAGCAUGAUGAACGCUUUCGUUCGAGGAUGACAGAGGCGAUGGAGGAGCUGGUUGAGACCUGCCUCAUGCCGCGCCUACGGCAGCAGCAACGGUGACAACCCGGGAGUACUGUGCAUAGAAGAAGUAUGCGACCAGUGGCUCAUGGCGCUUAUCAAAACAAGAUCAUCUCUUCUGUUGUUACAACAGGAGAAAUAUCUAUGACUCCCUGCUCUCC